AUGGCUGUCAUGGUUAAAGUAUCGGAAACUAAGAUUGUCUUUCAGAAUCUUUUCAUUUGCACUGCAGUUUUCUACACGAUAUAUUAUCUGUCCCAUGUUAUUUGUUUUAUUGGUGUAAGGGUAAUUUCUAGGUGUCAUCCUCUGUUACACUGUAUGACCAGUUUUGAGAACUUUGAUGAAUUUGGACCAUUCGAUUUUAAAACAAACCCUUCCUGGUCAGACAAAAAAUAUCUAGUAAAUCUGAUAUCCUUGGAGUCUACAUAUAUUAUCUGUGGUCAUCUUUUUGUUUUGAUCGUAGAAGAAUGGGUAUGGGAUUAUGCUUGCACAAUCACAGUGAUUCAUGUUAUCAUAACAACAAUGGUUAUGAUGGAAUUUCCCUUUGCAAUACAUUGGUGGAUCACCAUAGGAAUUGGCAUGGUCACAAUGGUGUUUGAAGGGCAGAUCCUGGCUUACCUUUUUUUUAGAGAUAACUACAUUUAUCCAGUCCUUGAUGAUUUUUAAGCUCCAUAGCCCUUUUACCUUAUUUGACAUUCUUGUUCUAAUUGACUAAAUAAAUCAAACCAUUCAGCCCA